CUAGAACCCGGAAAGCAACGUGGCCAGCGUUGCAACGACAUGCGGGUGAUAUCUGGGCUGGCAAGGGGGGGUUGUUUGUCCCUCUCGAGAGGUUUGCUCCAGCGCUCUCUCGCACUCGGGAGUGCUCCGAGAGGGCCCCGACGCUCCUCCGGACCCCACCCGGGCCGUGAGGAUUUGCCAAUUCGGCCGUCUCAUCUCGCUGACCGGAUCGUGAGGCAUGUCGUCGAGGGUGGGCUGGCCUGGGCGCUGUGACGACACUGAAAAGGCUGGCCCUAGCACAUCCGAGAUUGGAUUGCUGUGUGGGGGAAUUUAAACUCUUACAACGGUCGCCCGCUCUGGCCCCAGCAAAUCCUCCAGGAUGACCACCUUGAGAGGUCCCAUCCCGCUCAUCCCGGGCCGCCAGCGUAGCAUUUCUCCUGUUUCGAGCACCAAGAGCUGAGCGCGCCACCAAUCAGCAUCAACAGCUACUCGGGUUUCAGCUGGGCCAGCGGUCCAGGGUCACUCAGUCCUCCUCAUUAUCGCAAUCUGCAUGUAGAGAGAGCCCAACAAAAGGCUCAGGACAUCCAUCUUCAUAAGCCAUGGCGGCUGGCUGGCUGUCCAUGUCGAUAUCGGCCGGUACCUUUACCUUGAAUCGAGAUCCCCCGUGGAGCGGCCCGCCAGGUCCCGGUUGCUGUCUUUGUUAUCCACAGACUGAGUGUCUGUGAUUCUCGGAUAGCAUCCCGCCUCACUUUGUUCAGAGACACUUAUUAAACAGCUGCCCAACCCGAGCACGCCAUCACAUCAAAAACGGCAACCAGCCCCGUCCCCAUCCCAUCAUCUGCAGCUAGUUGAGGCCCCGCGUGGAGAGAGAGGGUCGAAAACCGGUCUGGCGAGGGGAAGCUUGGCUUCCUGAUUAGUUCGACGCGGAGAGACGCCCAAAGGUCCGGUUUGCCCUAACAGAACCUGGAACCCUUCACGAAUCUGCACAAGCAGCCCGUCGAGUCCCCGUCGUCACAGGCCGAGUCCACUCACUCAACAAAAAAAAAAUUCUCAAUUGGGCCAUUGACCGCCUGUCCUCUCUCGUUAUCUUUCCCCCGCCACCAAGCAGCUCUCGGACUCGCUUGAUUUGUUGCAGGAGGAAAAAAAAGGGCGAGAGGAGAGGAAAGGCUGCCACGCUUCAAUUAUAUUUUUACCACCAACUACUCCCCCCGUCCGGCAUUGCUAGCUACCAGGCCCGCUGCUAAGAGACAUUCACUGCACCGUUAACCCGCUAUACCCCUUCCGAGGUUCCGCUCCCCGACUCCCCGAAGCCUAGUCCCUGCUUUCCCAGACGCGGGCGGCAUACAGCAAGCAGCGUUGCCCCCAGGCCCGCCUCCUUAUUCCCAUUACCGAUUACCCUUAAGCUGCUGUGAAUGCCCGCCCACUCCUCCAUUCGUCUCAACCCAACCCGACAAGUUGUGAGAUUCUGCCCUGCCUCGGAUUCUGACCCCUCUGGCUGUCUGUUUCUGCUCGCAUCGCCCUGAUCGCGCAGCAGCCUGUCUGACCUCACCCCCCUUCCCCCCCCCGCCGAAUCGUCUGAUCUGAUUGCCGACCAUGGAGACCUUCUCGCCGGAAGCCCCACACUCGUCAGCCGCUUCCACUAACGGCUCGCCUGCGGUGUCUAGCGACAGCCCGGGGACGGCGACCUCCUCCUCGUCGAAUGCCUUUUCGGCGACCAUUGAUGGCCGCCCGUCGCAGCAGCACCCGGCGCCGCCUCCUUCGGUCCCCGCAGCAUGUCUCGCCUGUCGUGGCAAGCACCUCAAGUGCGAUGGGAACACCCCUUGCUCCCGUUGCACAAGCUCCGCUACAGAGUGCAUCUAUGUUGCUUCUCGUCGUGGAUACAAGGGCCCUCGGAGGAAUGCUGCCCAGAAUCCUAACAAACGCCAUGCCUCGUCGUCGCCUCCGUACUCGGGGCCUACUGUCGAGAGCUGCCCGAUGAUGCUAGGGCACACCCCCGUGUCUAUUCCUGCUCCCUCCCUCUCAGCCUUCAACCCGGCCAUCGUCUUGCCGGAGCAGUCGCCGGUCUCGUACGCACCUACUCCUGCUCUUAACCACGCCGGUCUCUAUCGAAACUCGUUUGCCUCACCCUUGGACCCCAACACCAUGGCCCCUCCCAACACCAUGGCCCUGACGACCUCGUCAGCGAUCCCCCAUGUUCAGCCACCAGUGACCACCCUGGCCGAGAGAUGCUUCGAUGCCUUCUAUCACUACUUCCAUGCCGCCCACCCCUUUGUGCUGCCCAAGGAGUACUUACUUCGGCUGCUCAAGGAGGGCAACACCCCUGGCCUCAACGUGGUCAUGGCUGCCAUCAGAUAUAUUGGCUCGCUCUUCUUGGAUGCCGGUCCAGCCAAGGCCACCUAUCUGGAAGAAGCCAUCAGGCAGUGCUAUCUGCCUACCACUACCAAGGAUGGCUUCCUGAUCCAAGCCUUGUUGCUAAUCAUCAUUGGGCUGGAUGGGAGCUGUCAACAAGAAAAGGCACGGGAGUUGUUGGCGGACUGUGAAAGAUUUGCUAUUGAGAUUGAUCUGAACAAGCGCCAGUUUGCAUCACUGCACGGCCACGGUAAUCCCGUCGUGGAGGAGAGCUGGCGGCGAACAUGGUGGGAUCUCUUUGUGUGUGACGGCAUGAUUGCUGGUGUCCAUCGCAUCACCAACUUUUUGCUCUUUGAUAUUCAAAACGAUGUUGGGCUGCCGUGCGAGGAGCAGCAGUAUCUCACAGGGCGCAUCCCUCCACCAGCAUACAUGGAAGACUUUGAUGACCAGCUCUUCUCCGGUGAAGACCGAGAGUUUUCGUCUUUCACCUACCGUAUUGCUGCCAUCAGAAAUCUCGGCAGGAUGAUGCGGAUGCCUCAGAUUAUGUACCCGGGAGACGACACCAUCUCCCGGAUAGAAGCCCUGCUCACCAACUGGAGGCUCCACCUGCCCGAGGCCAAGAGGGAUGAUCUGAGCAAGAACUGCAAGCUGGAUGAGAUGAUGUUUCAGGCGCAUUUUAUCACUCAUGCUUGCACCAUCAUGCUUCACCAGCCCCUAUCCCAGCUCGACUCCUCCCCCGUCCAAGCUGUCAACUCGUGCGCCCCUCACCGACCAGUCCCCUCGGGCGACAACUUCAACGCCCACACCCGGCACACCAUCACGGCCGCCUGCGAGAUCAGCAAGAUGGUCACCCAAGCCGUGCCCAUCAUCCAGCACACGCACUUCUUCACCUGCGUCGUCACCCUCAGCUCCAUUGUCCACUUGUCAAAGUGGGCGUUGUACUUUAUCGAAGACGAGGAAGACCUCCGGCAGCAGAUCAGACUGAACAUUGGCGCCCUCAACAAGCUCAGCAAAGUGUGGAAAGCGGCAAACACGGCUUGGGGUCAGGUGAAGGGUGUGGCACAGGAGAUUUACAGGGAGAAGAAGGCGCACCAGAUCAGCCCGGCGUUCUGGGUUGGUUUCACGCAGGAGCAGAUGAUUAGCAGUAUCCAGGCUGAUGAGGGGAUCAUGAGCGAGUUUAAUAGUAUGUUGACGCAGGUGACGCAAGCGCCGUGAUAUUUUUUUGGUUUCUGUUUCUUUGCAUUUUGGAAAAUUCGGGGGCAGGAUUUAACUUUUGGAAAAUCUUUUUUGGAUUUUUGUUUCUAGGUACGACGAUGACUACUACUACUACUACUGCAGCGGGAUUUCAUAGGGGGUUGAUGAGAUGAUAUCCUUUGUUCUGUUUCACAACUUUUUGGAGAAGAGGAAUUAUGGAGAGAAGUGGUUUAUGACACCAAAAAGGGACAGGGAGGGUGGGGGGCGAGGGGAAAAUGGAGUUUUUUUUUGGGGAAGUUGAUUUCUUCUCUGGAUAAGGGACAUAUUAUUUGGGGGUGGAUGGCUUGGGGGGAUAUUUUUUGACAGGACGACAAAGUGUGUGUGUGUGUGUGUGUGUGUAUCCGUCACGUUUUGUUCUUUUGGCUGGGCAAAAUUGGGCACAUAUGAGCGAACAGGGCAGGCAUGGAGGUUACUGGUGAUUUAGUUAAGAUUUCUUUUGUAUUUGGAUAUGUACAAACUAUGCUCAUCUUUGGCUUAUGUUGUGAGCAGUGGAACUCUCUCUGGGGAGGGGGGUGAGUUUAAAGUCCAUGAGUAUGACCCCUU